UUACUGCCUAAGGAGUUUGCCAGAGAUUUGCUGCCUAAAUACUUCAAACACAAUAAUUUUUCCAGCUUCGUUCGUCAACUCAACACGUACGGAUUCCGGAAAGUAGUUCCCGAUAGAUGGGAAUUCGCUAAUGAUUGUUUUAGAAGAGGCGAAAAGGCACUAUUAAGAGAUAUCCAGCGCCGCAAGAUCUCAUCCUCCGCAACGCCGGUGGCGGCCGCGGGAACGACCGCGGUGGCAGCUAAUACACAAGCGGCGGUCUCGGUCGUGGCUCUGCCGCCAGCGGUUCCUGUUCAAAUCUCUCCAGCGAAUUCCGGGGACGAGCAGGUGCUGUCCUCUAACUCAUCGCCCGCCGCUGCAGGCGCCACUACCCCGAUGGCGGUGCGAUCUAGCACAUCCGCGCCGGAAAUCUUAGAAGAAAAUGACAGGUUGAGGAGGGAGAAUUCUCAGCUGAGCGAAGAACUGAAUCGGCUGCGGAGCUUGUGUGGCAAUAUAUACAACAUUAUGUCGAACUACGCGGCAAAUCAAGGCGACGCCAGUACCGGCGUGUUGCCUGAGGGAGGAGCGAUGAAUUUGAUACAGGUGAUGGAGGGAGAGGAAUGCGGCGGCGGAGGAAAGGCGGAGGAGGAGGGUGAAAGGUGGCCGAAGAUAUUUGGGGUUUCAAUCGGAGCAAAGCGGUUGAAGAAAAAUGAGGAGGUGGAAGGGGAGGAUCAGGGACAGGCGGUUGGAGCGAACGCCAAAUCGGAGCCGUCGGAAUCGGGGAGUAAUAAAAAUCACGACCCUCAAUGGCUUGAUAAAUUAUGAAUCUUUUUUAUUUUUUAUUUUUGGUAGUGGGUGCUUAGCUAGAUAUAUAUAUAUUUAUAUAUAUAUAGUGUUUAUGGGGAACAACAACUGGAUGUAGCAGCAGAUAAUAUGACACGUGUUUGGACCAGUUAUAGUUUAGUUCCCAACAAUGUUGUCCUGUCCAAAAAGGGGCAAAGGGUAGAUUAUGGAUUUGAAUUUCACUAAAUAUAAAAAUA